AUGAAAGAUUUAAAUAGCGAUUUCUUUUAUGACAUUGCAUUGGAUGAAGACAAUAAAAUUUGUAGUGUGUUUUGGGCAGAUGCAAGAACUCGAGCUGCCUAUGAAGAAUUUGAUGAUGUCGUGUCUUUCGACACCACAUAUUUAAGAAAUAAGUAUGACAUACCUUUUGCGCCUUUCGUCGGAGUUAACCAUCAUGGUAACUCCAUUUUACUUGGUUAUGGAUUGAUGUCGUCCAAAGACACUGCCUCUUUUGUAUGGUUAUUCCAGUGUUGGCUAAGAUGCAUGCGUAAUAAGCCACCAAUUGGGAUUAUAACUGAUCAAUGUAGGGCAAUGGCGAAUGCCAUCCAAGAAGUAUUUCCAAAUACUAGGCACAGAUGGUGUUUAUGGCACAUAAUGAAAAAGUUGCCUGAAAAAUUUCAAGGCAUGUCAACUACUCAAAGAAGUGAGGGAAUGAAUGCUUUCUUUGAUGGAUUUAUAAAUUAUAGUACCACACUUCAACAAUUUGUGGUUCAAUACGACAAUGCCCCCAGAGUUAAGGCACAAAAAGAAAUACAAGUUGAUUUCUCGUCCCUAAACAUGAAGGUUACAUGUGGCUCUCAGUCACCGAUCGAGAGACAAUUUCAGUUAGAGUACACUCAUGCAAGGUUUGAGGAAGUCCAAACGGAGUUUCGGUCAAGGAUGAAUUGUUUCAUCAAAGAAACCGUGAAGGAUGACUUCUUUAACACUUACACAAUGAAAGAGGAGCGCAUGUGGGAGGGUAAAUGUGCAGAUAAAUUUUUUAAGGUGCAACUUGAUCCAGAGACAAAACAUUGCACAUGUUCUUGCCUAUUAUUUGAGUUUAGAGGCAUCAUUUAUCGCCAUUGCCUUUUGGUAUUUGGUCAGGAAGAUGCUUAUAGUGUCCCCUAA